AUGGGUGCUCUGCGAAAGGUUUCCCUCUCCAAGCCCGCCGACGAGGCAGGCAAAUCAUGGCCCGGUAUCGCGAUUGGCUUCUUCGUCGCCUUCGGUGGUGUCCUCUUCGGCUAUGAUACCGGAACUAUCAGUGGUAUUCUUGCCAUGCCAUACUGGCAGGACACAUUCAGUACUGGAUAUAUCAACCCCAAGGGCCAUCUCGACGUCACAACUAGCCAAGAGUCUGCUAUCGUUUCAAUCCUCUCUGCAGGAACCUUCUUUGGUGCCCUGGCUUCGCCCUUCAUGGGUGACUAUAUUGGACGUCGGCUAGCCCUAAUUGCUUCUACCUGGGUUUUCAACCUUGGAGUUGCUCUGCAGACCGCAUCCACAUCUAUCCCGUUGUUUUUGGCUGGUAGAUUCUUUGCCGGUCUAGGCGUCGGUCUCAUUUCUGCCUUGAUCCCGCUGUAUCAAUCUGAAACUGCUCCAAAGUGGAUUCGUGGUGCCAUUGUCGGCGCUUAUCAGUGGGCAAUUACAAUCGGUUUGCUCCUCGCAGCAAUUGUCAACAAUGCUACGGCCAACCGAAACGACUCGGGCAGUUACAGGAUUCCCAUUGCCGUUCAGUUUGCCUGGUCUCUCAUUCUUUUUGGCGGAAUGCUUAUCCUCCCCGAGUCUCCUCGCUAUCUCGUCCGAUGCGGAAAACAGGAGAAGGCCGCCAAGGCCCUGGCAAAGAUUCGACGCCUUAACCAUGAGCAUCCGGCUGUGCUUGCAGAACUUGAAGAAGUUAAGGCUCACCACGAACACGAGAUGAGCCUCGGAAGUGCUUCAUACUUGGACUGCUUUCGCCACCCGAACCUUAAGCGACAAUUUACUGGCAUGGCCCUUCAAGCUCUUCAACAGCUCACUGGUAUCAACUUCAUCUUUUACUACGGUACCAAAUACUUCCAGAACUCUGGUGUCUCCUCUGGAUUUAUCAUUCAGAUGAUCACGUCUUCAAUUAAUGUUGUCUCUACUCUACCUGGAAUGUAUGCCACCGACAAAUGGGGAAGACGUCCCUUACUCCUGUUUGGUGCCAUUGGCAUGUGCAUCUCUCAGUUUAUUGUCGGAAUGUCUGGUACCUUUUCUUCUGGGCAGCGCGCCAAUGGCGAUAUCUACGUCACGAAUCUGGCCGGCCAGAAGGCAGCCGUCGCGUUUUCUUGCAUUUACAUUUUCUUCUUCGCGUCGACCUGGGGACCCCUUGCCUGGGUGGUAACUGGAGAGAUUUACCCUCUUAAGCUUCGGGCUAAGUCUCUCAGCAUGACUACCGCUACCAAUUGGUUAUUCAACUGGGCAAUUGCAUACUCCACGCCUUAUCUUGUCAACUAUGGCCCUGGCUUUGCUAAUCUGCAGUCUAAGAUUUUCUUCAUCUGGUUUGGUUGCUGCUUCCUUUGCAUUGCUUUUGUGUACUUCUUCAUCUAUGAAACCAAGGGCCUUACCCUUGAGGAGAUUGAUCUGCUCUACACUGAGGUCAAGUCUGCGAGGAAGUCCAACAAGUGGAGACCAGAUGAUACGUGGGUGCAUAGACAGAGUAUCGCCAAACAGGGUGGACUGCACGGAGGCGAGGUCAAGACCGAGACGAUCGCAGACGGAGAUCACAGUCCUGGCACAUCACACAUGGAGAAGAAUGGAAACACCGCAUAA